UGCAUCAUACAACAAAAAUUUCUCAAACUAUGAAGUCAAUAAAUCCCAGAGUUUCCCAUUCUUUAUCUUUGUUUCACCCAAACAGAGCAAUAAUCUCUUCUUCAUUUUCUUCUGAAACCCAAACCCAUGUACAUUUCCAGCAAAAAACAUUUUUCAAACCAAACAGCAAAGACAAUCUAUUAAACCAAUUACACAAUUUAUGCAACCAAAAACGCUUAAAAGAUGCAAUUCAAAUCCUCAAUCAAAUUGAAAAACCUCCAGCUUCUCUUUACUCAACUCUCAUCCAGCUUUGCUGCCAAAACAGAGCUCUCACCGAUGGCAAAACCGUCCACCAACACAUAAAAUUUUCUGGGUUUUUACCCGGGAUAGUUAUUUGGAACCGUCUGUUAGAUAUGUAUGCAAAAUGCGGGAGUUUGUCAGAUGCCCAAAAAGUGUUCGAUGAAAUGAGUGAAAAGGAUUUGUGUUCUUGGAAUACUUUGCUCUCUGGGUAUGCGAAAAUGGGAAUGCUUAAAGAAGCAAAGAAGUUGUUUGAUGAAAUGCCUGAAAGAGAUAAUUUUUCAUGGACUGCCAUGAUUUCAGGUUAUGUUCGUUUUGAUAAGCCCAAAGAAGCUUUAGAGCUUUACAGAAUGAACGAAAUGAGCUUGCUUUCGAAAUUGAACAAGUUUACCGUGUCUAGCAUUUUAGCUGCUUCUGCUUCCAUGGGGUGUUUAAUUAUAGGGAAGGAGAUUCAUGGUCGUAUAAUGCGAGCUGGGUUGGAUUUGGAUGACGUUGUUUGGAGUGCUUUAAUGGAUAUGUAUGGGAAAUGUGGGAGCAUAGAGGAAGCAAGGUCUGUUUUUGAUAAGAUGGUGGAUAAAGACAUUGUUACUUGGACUGCAAUGAUUGAUAGGUAUUUUAAGGAUGGGAGGUGGGAAGAAGGGUUUGAAUUGUUUUCUCAGCUGAUGAAAUCAGGGAUAAGACCUAAUGAAUUUACGUUUGCUGGUGUUUUGAAUGCGUGUGCUGAUAACACUGCGGAGGAAAUAGGGAAGCAGGUUCAUGGGUACAUGAGAAGGAUUGAUUUUAAUCCCUUUUCUUUUGCUGCUAGUGCUCUUGUUCAUAUGUACUCCAAGUGUGGAAAUGUUGAGAGCGCUAAAAGGGUGUUUAAUGGGAUGCCUCAGCCUGAUUUAGUUUCAUGGACUUCUUUGAUCACAGGUUAUGCUCAAAAUGGUCAGCCUAGUGAGGCUUUGAAGUACUUUGAGUUGUUACUUAAAUCAAGUACGAAACCUGAUCAUAUUACUUUUGUAGGGGUUCUUUCUGCUUGUACACAUGCUGGAUUGGUUGAUAAAGGGCUAGAGUAUUUCCACUCAAUAAAGGACAGUCAUGGAUUAACCCAUACUGCUGAUCAUUAUGCUUGUAUAAUAGAUUUAUUGGCCCGAUCUGGUCGAUUUCACGAAGCUGAGAAUAUCAUUAAUAAGAUGCCCAUGAAACCAGAUAAAUUUUUGUGGGCUUCCUUACUUGGUGGUUGUAGAAUUCAUGGAAACAUUGAACUGGCAGAAAAAGCUGCUCAAGCACUGUUUGAGAUAGAGCCUGAAAAUCCAGCCACCUACGUUACUAUGGCCAACAUAUAUGCCACUGCUGGUAGGUGGGAUGAAGUAGCAAAAAUUAGAAGGUCAAUGGAUGACAGAGGAGUGGUAAAGAAACCCGGUUUGAGCUGGAUUGAGGUCAAGAGAGAGCUACAUCUUUUCUUAGUUGGAGAUACUUCUCACCCAAAAUCCAAGGAAAUACAUGAUUUCUUGGGUAAGCUUUCAAAACGAAUGAGGGAAGAAGGGUAUGUCCCCGACACCAAGUUUGUUCUGCAUGAUGUGGAGGAGGAGCAGAAGGAGCAAAACCUCUCAUACCACAGUGAGAAGUUAGCAGUUGCAUUUGGAAUCAUUUCUACUCCUCCAGGAACACCAAUCAAGGUUUUCAAGAAUUUGAGAACAUGUGUAGAUUGCCAUAAUGCCAUUAAAUAUAUCUCACAGAUUGUUAACAGAAAAAUAACUGUAAGGGAUUCUAAUCGGUUCCAUUGCUUUGAGGAUGGAAACUGUUCUUGUAGAGACUAUUGGUGAUUUAGACAAAACUUCAUCAGACAUUUUAACCAGGCUAAAAAUGCUGCUGCACUUUGAUGCAAUUUUUGACUGUGGAAACUCCAUUGCUUGUACAAUAGAAUAGAGAGUAUUAAAUGGUGCCACUUGAAGCUGAUCAGGUAUUCCUGCUUCAAUAAUACAGGGUAUGUUUACUCAAUACCUUGUUUCGUCAAGUGGAUAAACGUUCUAAUGAUAAAAUUUGUGGUGAUUUUUCAACAAUGAUCAUAUUUGGCUGUGGGAACUCAAUUAAAUGUAUUCUUUUGAUCUUUUCUUUGUACUCUGAAUCGAUAGAAGUCACUUGCUUUACUUGGCUGUCUGUUGGCAGACCUGUUAUUGGAUUGAGCAGUUGAAUUGAGACUUCUAAAUGUUCAAGUCAAUCUAACUUGUACUGCUCACGAGGACAUUGGUUUUUGUACUUGGUUCAUGCAUCCCAAACUCUGAGGCGUUAUGUUGAAAUGGAUUUUGAGGUACCUCCUGUCACCACCUGCUUUUCUGGUUCUUGAGUAUUUUAUGGAACUUAAGUUGUCCAUGCUACCAAAAUUUACUGUGGUGCUGUAGCUUCCAUAAUUUGGUUGAUGACAAGGAGAUAUUUACCUGAGAGAUCCGUUGAAGAGAAGCUUGCCGUUUUAUAGUUUCCCUCAUAUGCCGAUACCUCUUCCAUAGUUCUGCCAAAGGGACCUUAGCAAAGUUAUGAACUAGCUAUGAUGCAUUGCUCAGCUGCACUAGGAAAUUACUCCCAUGAUAAUCUUUUAAUUUGCCACUAGUCCUUGAUACAGUUGCUUUCUUUCCAUAACCAUUGAUAGGAGUGAGUUCCUGUAAUUCAUAGAUGGACUUAAGAUUGGUGGGCGUAUCAUGUGCCCUUAAAGAAGCCCAAUAUAGCUCUGUGGUAGCAGUUUCAAGAGUUCCUAACACCAGAUGCCAUUGCUACGUCACCCUAGCAAAUUUCCUAUAAAUAUUAGGAGCAAGUUAGAGUUCUUGGUUGGCAGAGUCUGAUUUUUCACUUGAUAAAAUUUAUAGGGAGUAAUAUAGAUAUUUUUUA